AUGCCGACACCGUUGGAAGUGUACAAUAAGCGAAUUAAAAAGAAGGAAAAGGAAAAGAGGAAAAAACUCAGAUAUGAGGUUAGAGCUUCAAAAAAGCUCCUGGAAGACCCUGAAAAUUUAAAAAAGGAGCUCGAUGAACUCACACAUAAAGCUAUAAUUGGAAGGAUUGACCAGGAUUCACUGGAAAGGAAGGAAAAGAUCGAGAAGCUUUGGGAGCAAUAUACUAAAACAAAACACCAAAAAGAUUUGGAAGAAAAUUAUCAAUCUCAAUCUUCAGAUGAUAGUCAUUCCUCAAGCGAUUCUGAAGAGUCUAGUGACGACGAGAAACCGAAAUGCAUAAUAGAAAUAGCGGGAGAAACGAAGAAGAAACCGGUGGAACGUAGGGGAUUCCAUGAUCCAGAGACCCCAAACGAUGAAUUUGCAAAGGAACUUUUCAAUAAUAUACCCAAAUUACAGACUAAAGAUGAAGGUAAAACUACAGUUAAAGGAAAUAUGUCUAAGCGUGUUAAGUAUAAUAAGAGUAAUGAGGAUAAUAAGACUGGGAAGAUGAAUUAUACUCCCCGACCAAGCGAUAAUACCAUAGUUGCUAAUAUUCCAUAUACACUAAAUCCAACACCUUUGUUGCCGGCCGUUUUACCCCCUGUACCACCACCUCCUCAAUUUCCAAUGGUAAAUCUAGGGCCAAUCCCACCUCAUAUGAACAUGUUUCCUCCCCCAAUGCAACCACCACCAAUGAUGUUUCCAAACCCAUCCGUUGGACCUCAAUCUGUUACACACAACGAGACCGAAGAACCAGCUGAAACGAAAGAAAAAAUCCCCUUAUCCAAAUACUUUGUACCCUCACAACUUAGAUUAAAUGUUAAUAUAUUGCGAUUUUAUUCUAUAGAAAUUAGUAUAUGUAAUUUAAGAGACAAUUAUUUCAAGUCUGUUGUGGUGUCCCACACUAAUUAUACUUUAAUCCUUAGUCCAUUAAUUUUAUUCCACCCACAUCAGUUAGAAUCUUUUAUUGUCCACAAUUUGCCAUUAAUUAACAUAUAUUGUACACUCCAAAUCGACCCUCUUCUAUUCUUCCGCAAUAAGGUAAAUAUUUCCACUCAUCCUAAUAUUUCAUACUAUUUUAACAUUAUUCGCGCUAAUUUAUGUUAUAAAAUUAUAUUUUUUAUAAAAUCUCCUUUUUUAUAUUAA